GUUGACGCUGAUCUUAUUUACUGCGAAAAUUGCGUAUACAAUGAAAGCAAUAUCCGUUCUCCCCUAUACGUUGGUAGCUUCUGGUGGUAGUGUGUUCAUUGUGCUGUCGAGGAGUACCUGUGUUGUCCGAAUGUAUGUAGCCUGAAACCACCAUUCUUUCUAGAUCUGGGUUUUGAAUUGCAGCCGCUCUUUCAUUCUCGGGUAACAGCAAUUUCAAUGUUUUUAUGGCAGUAAAUCCAACACAAAGAUGGAAGAAAAGCAGUAUACAUCUUUGACGGUCCCUACGGAUUACCUUCAACAUUGGGACCAAUCCUUCGACCAUGUCCCGGACCUCCCAGAGACAGAGUACCAGCAGAUGGCCCCCGUAGCUCUAUUCACAGAGAGUCCCAAUGAGGACAGGGUGAUGACAGAACUUUCUGUCCACCAAGAGCCUUACGCCCCCUCUGAAAACCAUGAGCAUCCUGCCCCCGCCCAAGUACCUCCAAGGAGGGGGAAGAGAGGGCGGCCUCCGAAAAGUGAGUCCAGGGCCAAUCAGGAGAGAAGCGGGGAGGCCCUGAUGAAGGUGCAGAAAAAAAUGGACCGAUUCAACGGCAUGUCAGUGGCGGAGGUCAUGAGCAGAACCCUCCCUGACAUCCUCACCUACAACCUGGACAUUGUGAUCAUUGGAAUCAACCCGGGACUACUCUCAGCCUUCAAGGGGCGUCAUUACCCAAAUCCAGGAAACCAUUUUUGGAAGUGCCUCUUCCUGUCUGGUCUUACCGAAGUGCAGCUCAAUCACAUGCAUGACCAGACGCUGCCUGAAAAAUAUGGCAUCGGAUUCACCAACAUGGUGGAGCGGACCACACCCGGAAGCAAAGACCUCUCAAGUAAAGAGUUUCGCGAAGGAGGCAGAUUGUUGCUGGAGAAGCUGAAGAAAUACAAGCCUCUUAUUGCCGUUUUCAAUGGAAAGUGUAUUUAUGAUAUAUUCAGUAAAGAGAUAUUUGGAGUGAAGACUGAGAACGUUCAGUUUGGCGUACAGCCACACAAGAUCCCGGACACUGACACAGUGUGUUACCUGAUGCCCUCGUCGAGCGCCCGCUGCGCCCAGUUCCCGCGCAUCCAGGACAAAGUGCACUUCUACGUCAAGCUGAAGGAGCUGCGUGACCGGCUCAAGGGCGUGGCCCGCAGCCAGGAAGUGCAGGAGACGGGGUACACCUUCGACCUCGGCCUGGCCAAAGAGGAUGCCAAGAGGAUGGCCAUUAAGGAGGAGCAGCCUGACCUGGGGUACGAGGCCCCCUUCAGGCAAGCAUGGGGAGAGCAGGAACCUGACGCCAGACACAGAAACAGUACCUGCAGCUUCUCCCUGACUGACGCUCUGGCUGGAGGACCAGACGUGGCCAUUAAGGAAGCCGCGCCCCUUGCAGAAACAGGCUGGGACACAGAUGGACAGUGGAUGGUGCAGUCCUUCGCUGAUCAGAUCCCUGACAUCAGCAGCAGCAGCAGCACACAGCAUCAGUUUGGGGCAGGGGCCACCUGAGGAGGAUGGAGACUCUCAGAACUCCCAACACGUGGUGUACUAAUGCUGCAGAUUCAGGACACUUUGGACCACUAAGAUGCCCCUUCUCAGUUCCCCGGCUAUAGUGACUCACCCUGCGGGAUCCCCUCACCCUCAAAACACAGGCUGGAAGAGCACCAUUGUGAACUACUGACAAAAGCAAUUUUAAGUGGAGUAAGUUACUAUAGAGGACACUACUAUGUACGGAUUGUAGAGAUUUCU